AUGCUGAGUAGGCUUCAAGGCCAACCCGAGAGCUACGAUAAGAAGGCCAAAUACCGCUUUGGACGCACGCUUGGGGCUGGAACUUAUGGUAUCGUCCGUGAGGCUGACGGUCCGACCGGCAAGUGCGCCGUCAAGAUUAUCCUCAAAAAGAAUGUGAAGGGCAAUGAGAGGAUGGUUUAUGACGAGCUGGACAUGCUCCAGCGCCUCAAGCACCCUCACAUUGUCAAGUUCGUCGACUGGUUCGAGUCCCGUGACAAGUACUACAUUGUUACUGAGUUAGCUACGGGCGGAGAGCUGUUCGAUCGUAUUUGCGAGCAGGGCAAGUUCACGGAAAAAGAUGCUUCGCAAACCAUCAAACAGGUCCUUGAGGCAGUCAACUACCUGCAUCAAAACAACGUCGUCCACAGAGAUCUGAAGCCUGAGAACCUUCUCUACCUGACCAGAGAUGCCGAGUCCGACCUGGUCUUGGCCGACUUCGGCAUCGCGAAGAUGCUCGACCGGAAGGAUGAGGUUCUCACAACAAUGGCCGGCUCCUUUGGUUACGCAGCCCCCGAAGUUAUGCUGAAGAAGGGCCACGGCAAGCCUGUGGACAUGUGGUCCAUGGGUGUCAUUACAUACACUCUUCUCUGUGGUUACUCUCCCUUCCGUUCGGAGAACCUCCAGGACCUCAUCGAUGAGUGCAGUAACGCCCAGGUCGUUUUCCAUGAGCGUUACUGGAAGGAUGUUAGUGACGAUGCCAAGGAUUUCAUCCUGCAUCUGCUGCAACCGGAGCCUGUGAAGCGCUGGUCGAGUGAGGAGGCUCUCCGUCACCCCUGGCUCAGCGGAGAGAACGCCACCGAUCACAACUUGCUUCCCGAAAUUAAGGCUUACAUUGCCAAGGCUCGUCUUCGCCGCGGCAUUGAGAUGGUCAAGCUGGCCAACAGAAUUGAGACGCUCAAGGCUCAGGAGGAGGACACGGAAGACUCGGAUUUCCCGGCCGAUGCUAUCAGCGCAGCCGACCAAUCCAAGCACGUCGGCGUACACGAAAUCACCGUUGGCGAGAAGCGCAGUCUGUCAAAGACGAUCAAGGGGGCCAUCUUCCGGGAGGUUGUUCUUGCCAAAGUCCGCGAAAUGAAGCAGCAGCAGGAUACUCUGAAGGUGAAGGAGGAGGCGGAGAAGGAGCAUAAGAGACGCAGCUUUCAGGGCUGA